AUGGACACGACGGAUGACACGGUAGUAGUUGCAAUUUCACUAACUAAAUAUAAUAUUGAUGCGAUGGUCAAGGAGAUGUCUUUGCUCUUUAGCUGUCAGGUUUCAAAUCUCGAAAUCAAAAGAAUGGGUGCUGGAAGGAAGACACAGACAUUUCACUUAAAGGAGAAAUCAGUACGUCAAACAUUAGUUAAUGGCAGUAUAACAGCUAGGAAUCUGAGGAAGAGUGAUCUAGCUGGAGUAAUAUUUGGAUGCAAGCAUAAUACAAUCAAAGAAUGUUUCUCUAAACAGUUGUUUGGAAUACCAGGUUCACAUUACUCAUAUGUAAAGAACAUAGAUCCUGGUUUGCCAUUGUUUUUAUUCAACUACAGUGAUAGGAAGCUUCAUGGCAUAUUUGAGGCCACAAGUCACGGAGGAUGGAAUAUUGAUCCAAAUGCAUGGACUAAAGAUGGCUCAGGCACAACCCUAUACUCUGCACAGGUUCGGAUGCGAAUCCAGAUGCAGUGCCAGCCCUUAGUGGAAGAUCAAUUUAAACCAAUCAUUGCUGAAAACUACUAUGGACCAAAUGAACCAAAUUAUAUUUGGUUUGAACUAGACCAGGAUCAAACAAACAAGUUGAUCUCAACAUUCUCAUCUUCUCCAGUCACGACAAGUACCAAGCAUAUGCACAAUUGGAAGUCUCUGCCUUAUGCUCCUAAUGUGAGGCAAGAAAAUGACAACAUGGAGAAACUUAAUGACUGUCAAGCAAGCACCAAGAGAUGCACGACCUCUAGCCCUCCCCUGAAACCUUGGAGUGCCUUAUUCGAAGUUGAAACUUGUCCCGAUACAGAAGAGAUGACUGAAAAGGAUAAUGCUGAGUCAUCCAACGCAAAUCUGACAAAUCUUGAUAUACCUACUGCAGAUCAUACUGGUAGUGCAACAUGUAUUGAUUCUGCCAUUCAACAAAAAUCAUGGUCUGCGUUUUUCAUAAAGGGAACUGAUCCUGAUGCAAGAGAGAUGAAAGCAGAAGAUAAUACUGAGUUGUCUGAUGCAAGCAUGAGUAACAUUGAGACUCUGGAUGCCAAUAAGGUGAGCAUAGCAACUGGCAUGGGUACGGCCUUUUUGGAAAGACCAUGGAGUGCUUGGUGUGAAAACGAAAACAGUUCUGAUGCAAGAGAGAUGAUAGCAGAGGGUAGUAGUGGAGGAAACUCUUGA